AUGCGUCUGUUCAGGGCAUGGGUGAUCGGCGUUCUGCUGCCUGCCGUGGAGAUGGGCAGCGGUGGCGGCAACAACAACAACAGCGGCAGCGGCUGCUCCGACGGCUGGAUACCCAACGGCGAUUUCUGCUUCUCCUUUUCGAAGAGCACGGCGACCUGGGCGGAAGCCAAGGCCCAGUGCGAAGCCGACGGGGCCAGCCUCGCCAAACCCGCCGACGACGACGAAAACCGUUUCUUCGGGAACAACGUCAAUUUCCUCUGGACCUGGAUCGCGGCCGUGAGAAACGGAAAUAGCUUCGUCAACAGAGAUUCCGUCAGGGCAAGUAGUUACGACAAUGACGAUGGAAACGUAACUCAGGGAUAUUUCUAUCCGUCCUUCAUGUACUCUCGGCAAUGGCGCAACGUGGACUGCAACAAUCAGUACGGUUUGAUCUGUGAACUGUCGCAUACCAACUCGUGUAUCGAUAUCGUGGCCAUCGGCUCAAAAUGCUACAUGCCGAUACAGACCCUCAUGCUCAGCUGGGAUGUAGCCAAUUUUCACUGUACCCGAGCCGGAGGCAUCUUGGCCAAGAUGGACAGCGCAGCAAAAACUGCCGCUUUUGCUGUUUUCAGGGAUACAGGACGUUUCUCAGGCAUCGAUCCCAGCAAGGAACCCCCGAUCCCACUGAACCUCUGGAUCGGCGCGAAGCGGGACUCGCCUGGAAGCCCUUUCAAGUGGACGGACGGCAGUGAACUCGCCUUCGCCGAUUGGUUUCCGGGCUACCCCGAUUCUUCGUCAGGCGACUGCGUGGCAGCUUUCCCGAGCACGUGGUCCACUGUGGGCUCUCUAGCUGAAAACAACGUCACCCGGAGGUUCGGAUUCGUGUGCCGGCGUGCGAAGAGCAGAUCGGCACUGGCCGACUUCAUUGCUUAUCUAUAUCAGACCGUCAUCGGAUUUUUCCUCUGAUCGUUUUUCCAUUCACCGGAUAAUUUUCUGCGGCGCUUCGAAGCGAUCACCGUUAUGCCUUCGUGCUCGCUCCGGUGCGUUCUCUGUCUUUUUUUCAUCCUUGGG